ACAGCAGAGACCUCAGCUCGUGGGGAGCUGAGUCUUCACUUGCUCGCCACCAGAAGUCACCAGGCACUAUUCUGGGAGGAGGGAAGGCUACACAUCUGAGGGUCCCGGUGGAACAUGGCAAGAGGCAUGAAUGUGGUGGCCAUGGACUGCGAGAUGGUGGGGCUGGGGCCCUUCAGGGAGAGCGGCUUGGCUCGCUGCAGCCUCGUGGACUACCACGGCACCGUGCUCUACGACAAGUUCAUCCGGCCUGAGGGCGAGAUCACCGACUACAGAACCCCCGUCAGCGGCAUCACGGCUCAGAACAUGGAGGGGGCCACCCCAUUUGCUGUGGCCAGGCUGGAGAUCCUGCAGCUCCUGAAAGGCAAGCUGGUGGUGGGUCACGACCUGAAGCACGACUUCAAGGCGCUGAAGGAGAACAUGAGCAACUACGCCAUCUACGACACGACCGCGGACAAGCUUCUUUGGCGCGAGGCUGGCCUGCUGUACUGCCGGCGCGUCUCCCUCCGCGUGCUGAGCCAGCGCCUCCUUGGGCGGCGCAUCCAGGACAGCGUGUUGGGACACAACUCGGUGGAAGACGCCAGGGCAACAAUGGAGCUCUACCGAAUCUCCAGGAGAAUUCGAGAACUAUGAGGGCUGCCUGUCUGGUGGUAUUCAGCCCCCUCCCCAAGGACUACAGACCUUCAUCUCUUCAAAACAAAAAUUCCCUUGUUUUUGGAAAAACAUUUUUAGCAAUAAAAUAGCUCUAUAUUUUCAUUACUCCCUUGGUUUCUCCUCUUUUUCUUUCUUCUCUCUGAGUCGGGUAUUGGUGGACACCACCCAGCACUGAGAGGACAAUGAACACU